CUGCAAGCCUAUUUAGACACGGCGUGAAAACCGGCCACAUGACCGCUGUAUACGGGUCAUACGCCUCUGGCAGAGCUCCAGCAACUCUGUUUGGAUGGAAGAAUUCCUGACUGGAAAGGGGAUAUGUUUAGAUAUCUGCUCUGGGAUGAAAAUGUCGCCAGUCCUACAGACUGCUCUUAUGUAAAACAACACCGCCGCCUGCAGGCAAGCGCGGACACUCGCUCGGCUGCCAUUGCUUUCCCCAGGCUGCCCGUCUGCCUCGGUGCAGUUCGAAAGUGAGCAAAAAACAUGUCGCUCGAUUCUUCGUCCAGUGAUUCGGCGGAUACUUUCUAAACAGUUUAAACGACAGCUGUAUGAUUUCCCUCGCUUCUGUGGCGAAGAACCUCGAAAGAUGGUGCAUAAAACGCUGGGAUCAAUUGUAGGUCUGCUUUGCACGGGGACCUGUUUGGCCCAGGGAAAGGAGUUCUGUUUUGGUGUGAACAAUGAGAAAUAUAGGUGUGAGAUGGGCUACUGUUGUGGGGAGACAGAAUGCUGCACAUACUACUACGAGCUGUGGUGGUUCUGGUUGGUGUGGACACUCAUCAUUAUGCUAAGCUGCUUUUGUGCAUACCGACACCGGCGUGUGAAGAUGCGACUUCAGCAGGAGCAGAGGCAGAGAGAGAUCAGCCUCAUGGCCUAUCAGGGAGCAUCCAGCUCUUUCAUCUCCCCACCACCUCUCAACCUGCGUUUCUGGACAGACUGCAAGCUCCCUGAUUAUGAGGAAGUAGUAGGCCACCCCCCAACACCCCCUCCACCUUACUCUGAGAUGCCCCCAGAAAUCUUGCCCUCCAUCCACCCAUCUGUAAGUCACUCAGAGUCAGCUGUGGUGUUGGAGACCCCUGUAGAAGAGAUGCAAGCUGAGAACCAAGUUUCUGAUUCACCGGAACAAGACCUUGCAACAGUUGCAGCCCCAUCAGGAUGUGAGGAGGACGAAAGACCGGACGUCCCCUUGGAGGAGGAGUUGAAUACCCGACGGAGGCACGUGACUGGUGACUCAGGUAUUGAGGUGUGUGUGUGCCAGCUGGAUAUAGAUGAGUGCUCCGGGCCUGAAGAGGAUGAGGGCAGGCUGUGCCAGGCGGCCGGUGGUGGCUGCUGCUCUGAGCGUGAGGCCCUCAGACCCAAAGAGCACUCGCACUCACCUGAACCCUCAAGCGCACUCAGCGGAGACCGUCUUGUCUGAUUCACACCUUGCAGCACUUAACGGUUCGAGCAAUACAAUAUGGGGAAGGGUGACAGCAGAAGGUUUUGUCAUCGCUAGUGUCAUGACCAAGUUGACCAAUUUUUUUUUUUGACCUAACUGCUGGGGAGAACCUUUAAGUGCACGUGGAAGAACAUUGGAUGUUCCAUUCAAGUAAUGACUACAUUAGUGACUUUUUUUUUUUCCUAUGUCAACGAUGAUGAUGUGCCGUCUUUGGUUUUCCCUGGAGUGAGUUUUUUUUUUUUUUUUUUUUUUUUUUUUUUUUUAGAGGCUAAGGUUUCAAUUUCCGUUUCCAUGAAUCACUGUUGUUUUGCUCAUUUUGCCAUGAGUUUGAGUAAAGUGCUGCAAUAUAGAGUGGAAAUAGCAGCAUUUUGAAGUAGAUCUUCUUCAUCCCAAAGCACUCAGACACAUUGCAGCAGUCAACCACAAAUGAGCAUUCCCAACCACUCUUUGUCUAUGUGGCUUGGAUUUGAACCUCUAUAACUCAACCCCUCCCUGACCCCCACAGUGACAUUUUGUUUCUGUCAUAGUGUCAUAGCCCAGCGGUCACUGACUCUCAUCACACAGGAAAAUGCUCCAGGAAAAGCGGCCCUCUAGCUCAGUGGCGUUGAGGUUUGACUGCAUGCUUUGUUUUUCACAAGCCGUUGCUAAUGAGAGCACAGCUGCGGAGCUGACAUCAGCUGAGCUCCAUCCCCCAGGACCAAAGUGCCUCUCUGCUAAAGACAAAGAAGGGACUGGACAACACAGCUAAACCACAAGACAGCUCCUUUUAGAUGAGACUGUUGCGACUUACUCAUGCGCUGGCACACCCCCAGACACACCCCUGCCCCUUGGCUCAGAAACAUGCUGUGCUCAACAGGGGGUCAGAAGCCAGCAAACAAGUUAUGUUAUGACGCUGCCAUUUGCCAGCUUCUACUUCAGCACCCCCAUGGAUGCUGUGCCUGCAAAGUUGACAUCUAUAAAAAGCCAGUGGUUGGCUAGCUUCUCAACAGACUGAUAGUGAUAUAAUACAUGUGUGGCCAAGUCAUCCCUCCUCGGGGUGUGGAAGGGGGUCUAACCUCUUCUAGCAGUAGGGUUUUGCUCUUGCAGCCAUGAGAGAAACGGCACACAUUGCAGUUUGGAAAACAGGAGGGAGGCAAUUAACAGCUGUGAAUACUUCUAUGAUGUGCUAAACGUCAGAUUUUUUUCAUGAGCUCACAGUUAACAGUAGCCAUUUUGUACUUGCCUCUCUUAAAAAUAAAGCUAUCUCUGUAAGGUCCCCUGAUCUCAUGGGUUUUAGACCACUUCUGUAAAAUGACUUGCAUUGAGAAAAUGCAUGUGUGCAACUGCAAGUACAUUUCUCUCUUCUUGCUAUGAUGUGGCACAUCGAGGAGGAUUUUCAUAGAAAAGCAGACAGACCCAGCCUUGACCUGUACUGCUGCUACUUCUGCUGUUGCUGCUAUUUUGACCCUUUCUUGGUAGGCUUGAGAUCUCUGCGGGUAUGUUUUGGUUUCUUCUCACCCAGAUCUCGCCUCCCUUAACCCAUUUCAAAGUUUUGUAAUAAAAUAAGCCACUGCUUAGGGUACACUCUUCCAGCUGACUAUCCAUGACCAGCACAUAGAGGCGUGUGCCACUUGUGAUAUUUUCCUUUCGUGUGGACUGCCUCAACAGUGCAAAGUCAGCUCACCUGUAUGCUUCCCUAUAUAUACAUACACAUAUGUGGAGGGGUGUUUCAUAUUGAAUGUCUGUUUUCCCUGCAGAAAGGCACUUGGAAACAACUAUCCUGUGGAACAUGUGACACCUGCCAUCACAAAUAAUGGGAGCAGAAAAAACUCAGCUCUCACAGUGUCCUUGAAGUCCACUUGUGGCUUCACCACUCUGCACUGAUUGCGUUCAGUGGCUAUUAUUAGUGCUUGCUCUCAUUGCUGACUUAUUCUUAUGUGGAUGAACUGACUAGAGGCAGAACAUAGAUGGCUUGUUUAUAUUUAACUUCAUACUUUCAUAUGUGUGGAUUUAUAACCUGUGAAGAGGAUAUACUCUGGUGUGGAGCCUUUUAAAAUGGCUACUGCUUCUUUUGUGGCAGAUGUUUUGAGGCACCACAAGCUGCCUUUCUAAGGUUAUUAUAGUGCUGAUAAGCAGGGGCAGCCGCACGUGUAGAGCAUGUCAGGUGGAAGGGUGCUGAACUGGUUGUCCUGUUGUGUUGGCGAUAUUGCCUUAUUGUGGUUGUUUGUGAAAAUUAGAGUAAUACACAAACAUGUUAUGGAUUUUAAGUUGAUCUGUAUGAGCAUAUGCUCCAUAAUCAUACAUAGAAACUUCAGCUUUAAGUUAAGAGUGUCUGAGUUUGAGUGUUGGUUGUGACGAUCUGAAUAUGGUUCAGGUAUUUCAAGGCAUGAUACGUGUGUUCAGUAGUACAGGUAGUUUGUUGUUCCUCCCUCUUCACAAAGCCUGUUUAGAAAAAACUGAUAGAACCUUGAAUUUUUGGGAAAAAAAUUGUCUCAUUUCUGAAAUGACCAUAGUGAGUGGUAUAGCUUUGAGAAUUUUGAAGGUGUUGUCCAGUUGAUAUGUAGAUCUUGAGUUGCAUGUCUUCUGCAUAGCAGUGUGAUCUAAAUGAGAUUUGCUACCCGUAACCUUUUGUUGUUGGGUUUUUUUUUUUGGUGUGUGUGGGAGAUACGGUUGAAAAUUAGGGAACGGGGUCUGAUGGCACUCAGUCUCCGCAUGAGCCCACAAGAGCGUGGGAGAAUAUUGCCAAACCAAUAUGGCGCUACAUGUUUACCUGCAUAAAAGGGCUAGUAUAUAACAAACCUUCAUUCUGGGGUUCACAUGUGAUUUAUAGGGUAUAUGGAAGAAUACAUGAUUGUACACUUUAGGGCCUGUUUCCUAAGAGCAUUUGUUUGAUGGCAGUAUAACUUCGUGAUGCUUUUGGGAAAGUGGCCCAUAGGCCUUUUGUGUAAUACUGAACUUAAUGUGUACUUGGAGACAUGCAAUGAAUCAACUUUUUUUUUCUCUUUUUUUUUUUUUUUUGUGGGAAUGUCCCUUGAGUGUCUGUGGACCUGAGCAUGACAGCGAUGAGAGCUAACUUUGUGCCUCUCGUGGUCCCAUUUCACCGAAUGGCUUGAACAUGGCAACAGAAACUGGUAACUAAACUGUGUGGUCUGAUAUUUUUUUUUUAAUUUAUUUAUUUUUUUAAAUGAGGGGUAUCAGGUCUUGUGCAAUCACAAUUUCAGUUCAGUAAGAAAUUGCCACAUCGCCCUCAGCGUCUGUCUUUCUCUCCCAAGAGUUUAGUCUGGAUUUGACCCCGUCCAGUUUCCACAACACAUCCAACAGGGAUGUUUACACUUUCUGUGCCUUGCUCUUCACAACGAAGCUUUCUCAAUGGAAAUUUCCCACCUACCCAACCCUCCCUGUUUUCUGUGUGACUUCACACCUCUGUACUGUACUGUAUCUAACUAGGCUAUGCAAAAAAAAAAAAAAAAAAAAGGAAAGGAAAAAAGCUCACCCACUCUCAUAGAUUGCGUGAGUGUGCUUUUGUUGUCAGUACAAGCAAUACUAUUCUCAGUACAUGUUGCACUGUACCUUGGUAGGCAUGCAUCUUAAUCUAUUUAAAGGGACAGGAGAAAGAAAUAGAAAACUGUUGCUACUAUGAUCAUUUUCAUGUGUGAAUGCUUUUGUAAGCUUAUGUCUUUUGCUGUGUAAAAGUGGAAUGGAGGAAAAAAAGGAAAAUGGAAAAAGCCAUGAUAGCUUAUGUUUGUGUCUUCGUCUUGUAUUAUGAUCUGAUUUAAAGCAGUCACUGUGUCCUCUCUUAUUCUCCUGUCUGCCUACCAUGGGAGAGACUUUUUUUGUCUUCUUUUCCAUUUUAAUUGUGCCACCUCACAGACUACACACAACUUUCUCUGUAACGGUGGUCUUCUAUACUUUUGCUUACUAUGAAGUUUUCAGUAACCGAGAUCUGAGCUUUUGCCUUUUAUGAGGAUCUGCCCGAGUGGAUAUCGAGUGACAAAGCCUGUGUUAGAGGGCUGUAUGAUUGAACUGUGUCAUUUAGUCAAGCUUAGCCUUUUCUGCAUGCCAUAUGAAGGCCUUCCUCACAGGUUAGGGCAGUUGCUUCCUUCACAUACCAAGGCAACCAACCAUUUUAACCCCAUAACCUGUAACGAUCAUUUAAGUUCAGUUAAAAAAAAUAUGUAUCUCAUGUAUGUAACUGCAUUUCUUGGACACAUAGUGGUUAGGUGGCACCUAGAAGGUUCUUUUUGUUGUUGGUUUUGUGUGUGGAGUGAUAUUGCCAAAACAGCAACAACAACAAAACAAUUUUGAUUGAAGUGGGCAUUGAAGAGCACAGACCCAUUUCUUUUGUUCUUAUCACCUAGGUCAAGCCAAAAAAAAAAAAAGGUGGAAACUGAAAUACAAGCACUGAAAUGUGUGGUAUAAUGUAAUGCUAGGGUUUAGGAAGAGGUUGGCUGUGUACUCUUUAGUUAUUUGUAUUUUAUUUUUGUAAUAAAAUAUGUAAUAUGCCA